CUCACCAUGGAUACGCUUGUGAUCAAGGGCCUGGUCUCCCCUCAAGACACAGUCAGAGAUCAGAGGCCACACCAUCCUAGCAGUGGAGCAGGACCAGCUGGGACAGGGUCCUUCUGUGACACCUGCUGCAUCACCAGGCUGUGUGAAUGGAUUCAGCUGUCAGAACUCACAGAGUAUCAGUAUCACACCGAAACCUCACAGGAAAAAUGCUCCACGUUUAGCUCCAUGAACUUCAGACUUAAACAGCAUCACUGGCUCCUGACCAGGUUUCCAGCUCCACAAACCUCAAACUAGAACAGCAGCCCGGCUUCUCCACAGGUCUCCAGCUCCAAAACCUAAGACAUCAGUGGCAGUACCUACUCCUCCCAGGGGGCUCCAGCUCUGAGACCCUCAGACUUGAACUGCAGCACCAGCUGUUCCCCAGAUCUCCAGCUCCAUGACCCUCAGACUUAAACAACAGCAGCACCAGCUCAUCCGUGGGUCUAUAUCUCCAUGACCCUCAAGCUAGGAAAACAUCAGCUCCUCCCCGGGUCUCCAACCGCACGACCCUCCAACUAGAAACACACCAGCUCCUCCCUCAGUCUCCAGCUCCACAAGCCUCCCACUAGAACAGCAACACCAGCUCCUCCGCGGGUCUCCAGCUUUACAACCUAAGACAUUAGUGGCAGCACCAGCUCCUCCUGGGGGCUCAAGCUCCAAGACCCUCAGACUUGAACCGCAGCACUGGCUCUUCCCUGGAUCUCCAACUCGACGAUCUUCAGACUUAAACAACAGAAGAACCAGCUCCUCCCUGGGUUUCCAGCUCCACGACCCUCAACUGGAACAUCAGCUCCUUCAUGGGUCUCCACCACAACAACCCUCAACUAGAAACACAGCAGCUCCUCCCCGGGUCUCCAGCACCACGACCCUCAACUAGAAACACAUCAGCUCCUCCCCAGGUCUCCAGCUCCACGACCCUCAACUAGAAACACGCCAGCUCCUCCCUGGGUCUCCAGCUCCACGACCCUCAACUAGAACAACACCGCUCCAUGCUGUAUCUCCAGAUCCACGACCCUCAACUAGAAAGACACCAGCUCCUCCCCUGGUCUCCAGCUCCACGACCCUCAACUAGAAACACAGCAGCUCCUCCCCAGGUCUCCAGCUCCACGACCCUCAACUAGAAACAGCAGCUCCCCUCCGGGUCUCUAGCUCCAUGACCCUCAACUAGAACAACACCACUCCAUUCUGUAUCUCCAGAUCCACGACCCUCAACUACAAACACCAACACCGGCUCCUCUGCAGGUCUCUAACUUCUCCCGUAGAUUCCAGCUCCAGGACCCUCAGAUUUGAACCACAGGACAACCUCCUCCCUGGAUCUCCAGCUGCACGACUGUCAAACUAGAACAUCAGCUCCUCCCAGGGUCUCCAGCCGCACGACUCUCAGACUAGAACAUCAGCUCCUCCCAGGGUCUCCAGCUGCACAAUCCUCCAACUAGAAAAAACACCAGCUCCUCCCCUGGUCUCCAGCUCCACGACCCUCAAUCUGGAACAUCACCUCCUCCUCGGGUCUCCAACUGCAUGACCUUCAAACUAGAAAAACAGCAGCAAACUAAAAAACCUCCCCAGGUUUUUCUAGUUUGAUGGUCGUGCAGCUGGACACCUGGGAAGGAGCUGAUUUUAAUCUAGUUUGAGCAUCGUGGAGCUGGACACCCAGGGAGGAGCUGGUGUUUUUCUAGUUUGAGGGUCGUGGAGCUGGACACCCAGGGAAGAGCGGGUGUUUUUCUAGUUUGAGCGUCAUGGAGCUGGACACCCAGGGAGGAGCUGGUGUUUUUCUAGUUUGAGCGUCGUGGAGCUGGACACCCAGGGAGGAGCUGGUGGUUUUCUAGUUUGAGGGUCGUGGAGCUGGACACCCUUGGGGGUCAGUGUUUUUCUAGUUUGAGGUCAUUUGAGGGUCAGCUGCACGACCCUCAAACUAGAAAAACACUAGCUCCUUCCCUGGGUAUCCAGCUCCACAAACCUCACAUGAGAAAAACACCAGCUCCUCCCCGGAUCUCCGGCUCCACAACCCACAAACUAGAACACCAGCAGCUCCUCCCCGGGUUUCCAGCGACACGACCCUCAAACUAGGAAAACAUCAGCUCCUCCCCACGUCUCCAGCUCCAUGACCCUCUGAUCAGAAAAACAUGAACUCCUACCUGGGUCUCCAGCUGCAGGAGCCUCAAACUAGAACAUCAGCUUAUCCCCGGGUCUCCAGCUCCACGACCCUCAGACUUAAACAAGAGCAGCACCAGCUCCUCCCUGUGUCUCCAGCUCCAGGACCUUUUGAUCAGAAAACAUGAGCUGCUACCUGAGUCUCCAGAUGCAGGAGCCUCAAACUAGAACAACAUCAGCUCCUCUCCAGGUCUCCAGUUGCAAAACCCUCAAACUACAGCAUCAGCUCCUCCCCGGGUCUCCAGCUGCAUGACCCUCAAACAGGAACACCAGCUCCUCCCCGGGUGUCCAGCUGCACAACUCGCAAACUAGAACAUCAGCCCCACUCCAGGUCUCCAGCUGUAUGACACUCAUACUAGAAAGAGGCAAGCUCCUCCCAGGUUCUACAGAAUGACCCCCCAAUUAAAAAACACCUGCUCCCCCUGGGAUAUCCAGCUGCAUGACCAGGAAACUGUAACAUCAGCUCCCCCCCAGGUCUCCAGCUGCACCACCCUCUAACUGCAAUAUCAGCUCCCCCCCAGGUCUCCAGCUGCACAGCCCUCAAACUGGAACAUCAGGUCCUCCCUGGGUCUCCAGGUGCAGGGCCCUCAAACUGGAACAUCGGCUCCCCCCAGGGUCUCCAGCUGCACGGCUCUAAAACCAAAACAUCAGCUACCCCCGGGUCUACAGCUGCAGGGCCCUCAAACUGCAACAUCAGCUCCCCCCCAGGUCUCCAGCUGAACGGCCCUCAAACUGGAAUACCAGCUCCCCAGCUGUCAAACUAGAACAUCAGCUCCCCCCAGUGUCUCCAGCUGCAUGACCCUCAAACUAGAACAUCAGCUCCCCUCAGGGUCUCCAGCUGCACCGCCCUCAAACUGGAUCAUCAGCUUCCUGGCCCUCAAACUAGAACAUCAGCUCCCUGCCAGGUCUCCAGCUGCACAGCCCUCAAACUGCAACAUCAGCUCCCCACCGGGUUUCCAGCUGCACGGCCCUCAAACUGGAACAUCAGCUUCCCCGGUCCUCAAACUGGAAAAUCAGCUCCCCAGCCCUCAAACUGGAACAUCAGUUCACCCACAGGUCUCCAGCUGCAUGACCCUCAAACUGGAACAUCAGCUCCCACUUUGGUCUCCAGCUGCAGGGCCCUCAAACUGGAAUAUCAGCUCCCUGCCAGGUCUCCAGCUGCACGGCCCUCAAACAGGAACAUCAGCUCCCCAGCCCUCAAGCUGGAACAUCAGCUCCCCCGAGGUCUCCAGCUGCAUGACCCUCAAACUAGAACAUCAGCUCCCCCCAGAGUCUCCAGCUGCAAGGCCCUCAAACUGGAACAUCAGCUCCCUGCUGGGUCUCCAGCUGGAAGGCCCUCAAACUGGAUCAUCAGCUCCCCCCAGGGUCUCCAGUUGCACGGCCCUCGAACUGGAACAUCAGCUCCCUGCCGGGUCUCCAGCUGGAAGGCCCUCAAACUGCAUAAUUAGCUCCAGAUCCCUCAAACUGGAACAUCAGCUCCCUCCAGGGUCUCCAGCUGCACGGCCCUCAAACUGGAUCAUCAGCUCCCCCCGGGUCUCCAGCUUCACAGCCCUAAAACCGAAACAUCAGCUCCCCCCGGGUCUCCAGCUGCACGGCCCUCAAACUGGAACAUCAGCUCCCCAGCCCUCAAACUGGAACAUCAGCUCCCCCCAGGGUCUCCAGCUGCAUGACCCCCAAACUAGAACAUCAGCUCCCUCCAGGUCUCCAGCUGCAAGGCCCUCAAACCGGAACAUCAGCUCCCCCCAGGGUCUCCAGCUGCACGGCCCUCAAGCUGCAACAUCAGCUCCCCGCCAGUCUCCAGCUGCACUGCCCUCAUACUGGAUCAUCAGCUUCCGGGCCCUCAAACUGGAACAUCAGCUCCCCAACCCUCAAACUGGAAUAUCAGCUCCCCCCAGGGUCUCCAGCUGCAUGACCCUCAAACUAGAACAUCAGCUCCUCCCAGGGUCUCCAGCUGCACGGCCCUCAAACUGGAAUAUCGGCUCCUCCCAGGGUCUCCAGCUGCAUGACCCUCAAACUGGAACAUCAGCUCCCCUGAGGGUCUCCAGCUGCACGGCCCUCAAACCAGAUCAUCAGCUUCCCAGCCCUCAAACAGGAACAUCAGCUCCCCCGAGGGUCUCCAGCUGCACGGCCCUCUAACUGGAACAUCAGCUCCCCACCGCGUCUCCAGCUGCACGGCCCUCAAACUGGAACAUCAGCUUCCUGGAACAUCAGCUCCCCCCCCGGGUCUCCAGCUGCACGGCCCUCUAACUGGAACAUCAGCUUCCUGGAACAUCAGCUCCUCUCCAGUGGCAGGACACUAAUACUAGAAAAACGCCAGCUCCUCCCGGGUUCUACAGCUGUGCGACCCUCAAACAAAAGAAACGCCAGCUCCUCUCUGGGUCUGCAGCUGCAGGAACCUCAAACUAGGACACCUCUCCCCCUGGAUCUCCAGCUCCACAACCCUCACAGAGGAACAGCCACACCAGCUCCUUCAUUGCCUUCAGCUCCACAAUCUAAGACAUCAGUGGCAGCACUGGCUCCUCCGUGGAGGAUGAGACAUCCAAAUCGAUGUCUCUUACAUUCAUGAGUUAACUUUUCUACUUUCCAUUAACCUUGCAAUCUACUUAUGACCAAUGUGAGAUAGAAACACACCAUUUGAAAUGACGUUUAAAAACUUAGUAAUAUUUUUAAUAUAAUCAUCACACAGCUGUAGACACGAUCUAUUUCUCUCUGCCUGUGCAGAAGCCUUAUGAAAAUUCAAACUAUGAAUUUACUUUGUUGAGAUUCCCAGAAUACACAUUAA